GCAGUUAGUUCCCACCUACAUCAUCUAUUAUUUUCUAUCUGUGCAAGUUUGGUUCAAAGCUUUUGACAUUCAGGUCCGUCUCACAAAGAGAAGAGGACUAUCCGUCGUUUAGUUUGACCCUGCAACAUUAAUUUUUCAGUUAGGAGGAAAACUGUUGUGUUGGCAGUGGAAAAAUGUUAAUGUUUUUUGUUGGCAGAAUCACUAAUGAAAUCGACAGUGAAAUGGAGAAACUGAUUUCAAAUCGAGAUCUCGUGCUUGAAAAAUUUGAAGCAACUAGUAAAACAGGAGGAGGAGCAGUUAAUUAUGUUGUCAGGUGGCUCAGUGAUGCGGAGGAACACAUGAUUAAGGUGGAGGGGAUGUUAAGAAGAGAAGAAAUGAUAUCAGUUUUAGGAAUUCCUAUCUAUUAUUGUUUGCCGAGGUUUUUGUUUAAUGAGCAGAACACGUAUAGGUUCUUUUGUGGAAUUCUAGAGAGAAUCAAGACGCUGAAUGCCAAAUGUGAAAUUGAGCUGUUUUUCAACUCAGUUCCUGAUUCAGACUACUCUUCACCUCCAUAUAAUUUUGUAUGUUUUGAGUCUCAAAAAGUGGCCUCAGAUCAAAUUUUGGAGACACUAAAAUAUUCUACAACCCGUGUUAUUGGAUUACAUGGGAACCGAGGCUCAGGUAAGACACAAUUGGUGAAAGCUGUGGCCGCGAAAGCCAAGUAUUUAAAGAUUUUUCGUAAAGUUGUAUUUGCCACUGUGUCCCAAAAUCCAAAUGUUCAGAGGAUUCAGAAUGAAAUUUCUCUCUCAUGCUUUGGUUAUGAUUGCUACGGGGAUAAAAAUGAAGAAGAAAGGGCAAAAUAUUUGUCUGGCAGGUUAAGUUACGGCCCAACUCUUAUAAUCUUGGAUGAUGUUCCGGAAAAGUUUGACUACCAGUCUAUAGGUUUUCCUACUACCGGUGAGAGUAAGAUCCUUUUCACUACAUGGAGCCAACGAGAAUUUAUCUGGGUGAAUCAUGAAAGGAAGAUUCCUCUGCAUCCCAUUUCUGAAGAGGAAGGUUGGAUGUUUUUCAAAAAACAUUCAGGCAUAAAUGAGGAGGAGUCCCCAUCUGACUUACUAAACGUGGCACGAGAAGUUUUUUCUGAAUGUGAAGGGUUGCCUGGUAAAAUUAUAAAGGUGGGAUCUUCCUUGAAAAGUCAACCCAUUCAAGAGUGGAAAGCAUCCUUAUAUAGUUUGAGACAUUCAACGGCCCGCUACCAUAUUUUCCUCAGUUUUAGAGGAGAGGAUACGCGUCAUUCUUUUACGGGUUUUCUCUAUCGUGCCUUGUGUCGGGAGGGAUUUAAGACCUUCAUGGAUGAUGGGAUAGAGGGGCUACAUGGUGGGGACCUAAUUUCACCUGCUCUUAUUGAAGCAAUAGAAGCAUCAAGGCUUUCAAUUGUUGUUUUAUCUGAAAAUUAUGCACAUUCCUCUUGGUGUCUUAGUGAACUGGUCAAGAUUCUAGAGUGUAUGAAAGUGAAGAAUCAACUUGUUUUGCCAAUCUUUUACAAGGUUGAGCCAUCAGAUGUAAGGUAUCAAAAUAACAGUUAUGGCAAUGCCAUGGCUAAGCAUGAAAAAAGAUUUGGAACUGAUCCUGAGGAGGUACAAAAGUGGAAGUCAGCUUUGUUUGAAGUUUCCAACUUACCUGGGAAGACUUACAAAACUGGGUAUGAAUAUGAAUAUAUCAAGAAGACUGUGGAUGAUGUCAAUAGUAUUAAAAGGGGCUUGCAUUUACAGAGCAUGGAUACAGACGAGAAGGAAGUCUUCAGUUUCUCUUACAAUAAGAAGAUUUGGAAUCACCCCGACUAUAGAAAAUUAGAAAUAGUAUGCAUCUUGGAUGACAUUGUUAAGGGUCCAGCUCCUCUAAAGUGAGAGAUUUACUUUAGAAGGUAAAGGAAGAAAUUCAAGGAAGAGCCAAGUUGGAAUUAAGAAAAUGAAGAUUUGAAGGCUUGAUGCUUAGCGCCAUUCUGGCAAAAAGACCAUGGCGCUUAGCGCCAGAAAGUGGCGCUUAGCACCAAAGGCGGUGGAGAAAACCCAAGGGGGAGGUAACAGGGGUGCUUAGCACCAGAAAAUGGCGCUUAGCACCAUUCUGACUAAUUCAACUUUUAUUUAAGGGCCAGAACACGUUUUUGUGGGUAUCUCUCCUAUUCUCUUCGAAAUUCUCUCAAUUUUGGCACCAUAACAGAGCAAGGGAGCUGGGCUUCAUGGAGGAGGGGUCCUUGGGCUAGGAUUGGAGCUUCAAGAUAGUGAUGGCAGCCAUGGGUGGACGGGGACAACCUCCCGAAAGCCAUGGAAAGCUUGGGAAAGCUUCCAUGGUCGUGGUUACGUCGUCUUCUCUUGGGUUUCGGUUCUUUCUUCCCUUUCUCUUGUAGUUUUUGUUUCUAUUUUUGUAUUCAGGAUGUUAUAACUUGAUGCUUUGAUUGUUGUAAGCUCUUUCAUCAAUGUAAAUGAUAAUCUUUCAUGUAUUGUGUUUCUCUUUGCACUU